CACACAAACAAACAACCGCGAGAAAUCACUGUAAUUUCAUAAUAAUAACUGUGAUAAUUCCAUCUCCGCACAAAUUUCAUUUAGCAUGCUUAAAUUUCACUCUGUAGGUACUUACUACAAAAUAUAAAAGAUCUUCAAAAAACUUGUGUUGAAAAGUAUUAGAGGGUAUUUUAUUCUUUUUAUGUUUUGUAAUUUGCAUGAUUCAAUAGGUAUGCGAUGAGUUCAUACUCUGCUAUUAAUCUGAAUCAUCUUUCUAAAAAAAUCUGUAGGUAAUUAGUCAUAUAAAGUAAAAAGAAUCUUCAAGGUAAAGUGAAAAUAACCGAUAAUGGGUGAUUUUAUUGAGCUGAGCACAUUGUCACAAGACAGAUUAGGCUUUUACAAGCUCUCCUCUGGUGGUCUUAAAGUUGAUAUUAAAGGCCAUAGUGCCGUCAUUGGUUUGAAAAAAGAACUGGAUCCUCCUAGUAAUGAAAAUGAGGAUUGUGAAUAUGACUAUAUGAUAGUGCUGGGACACGAUCAAAGAUCCUGGAUCAAACGGCCACAUAAAGAUUUUGUUGUAAAAGAUACACCAAACCUUUUGACUCAGGAGGAAUUCAGAAGUUUCUGGAUCCUAUGGAAUACUGAAAUGAUCAGCGUGGGUAGAAUUGGUGAAAGUGAACCAUUUAUCAUAUACAAAAAUUUAGAGAUUCAAAUUAACUAUGUAACAUUUAGUGGGAAAGAUGGAGUAAGGCAUGUCAAUUGGAGAAUUGAAUUGCCACCAGAAUUUCCAAAACUGAAACAGAAAUCUAUCAUUGGAGGGGAACCAACAUGGGUAGCUGCUGGUGGUCAACUCCCACCGGGAGCAAUCAUUGGUGGCUAUGAAAACGGUGCUCUCUACAUUAUAAGAGCCACACAUCGAAAUGCAUUGACCCCUGGGAAAUUUGUCCCAUCGGAAGGUGUAGCCUACGUUUCUUGGGGUUCAGAUGCUCAUGAAAAAGAAGAUUUUGAGGUUUUAGUUGGAUACAACUUUACUUGGGUUCCCACAUCUAGAGGCCAGAUCCCAGUCGGGGCCGUCGUCGGUGGACAUACAGAAUCUCAUGAAAGAGAAAAGCUGUAUGUUGGUUGUGUAAGACAUGGUGAUCACAUUAUCCCUGGAAAGGUGCAGCCGUCCCAUAGGGUAUGCUAUGUGGCAUAUAAGGGCAAAGAGAUUGCUCAUCCCAAUUACGAAAUCCUAGUUUCAACUCAAAAGAACAACAGAUGCUCUAACAGUAUAUACUAUCGUAGUGAGUUCAGUACAAUAGAAGUUGGCAUUCCAAGAUUAGAUAGUGAUGAAGAAUAACUGCAAUGUUGAGUGAUAAAAGAUUUAUUUGAAUUUGUACUUACAAUUCAGCUUUGCAAACAAGUCCAAACCCUUAAAGUCCUAAAGGAAUGUUACAAUAUGCUGUAUUAAAAUAACAUAAUGUUGAGUUUAGUAAGUGUAAUCAGUUUAAUUUUAUUAAGUUUGUUUGUUUAAAUUUCUAAAAUACUGUUGGAUUGCUACUUUUAAUAAAUUAUAUAUUUCCUAUGAAA